AUUCAUUUUGAAUCCAUGUGAUAAUUUUGAAGUAAACACGUAAAUGAAGUAAGUUUAAAAACAAGUUAAAAAAUAUGAAAGUUAAAGUAUUAAGUCGGAAUCCCGACGAACAUUUACGUGAAACCAAGAAAGAUAUUCACAAAGUACCCAGAAAUUAUGAUCCAAAUUUACAUCCAUUCGAAGCAGCGCGUGAAUAUGUUCGAGCGUUAAAUGCCACAAAACUAGAACGAGUAUUCGCAAAACCGUUCGUUGGUAAUUUAGAAGGACAUAAAGAUGGAGUAUCUUGUUUGGGAAAACAUCCACAAUCGUUGUCAAUUAUGGUUAGUGGAGCCUUCGAUGGUGAAAUCCGUAUGUGGGAUAUACCACAACGACGUUGUUUCCGAUCAUUUAUGGCCCAUGAAGGUAUUGUCCGAGGCGUAGCGUUCACACCAUCCGGUGAACAAUUUAUCACUAUUGGCGAUGAUAAAUCAAUUAAAUUUUGGAAUACAUCAAAUCCAGAAGAUGAAGAUCCAGUUAAUACAAUGUUAAGUAGAACAAGUGUAACAGGGAUCUCACAUCAUCGUAAAAAAUCCGAAUUUGUAACUUGUGGGGAAAUAUGCCAAUUAUGGGAAGAAACACGUAACGAACCAAUUCGAACAUUUCAAUGGGGUGUUGAUAGUUUACACGAUGUUAUGUUCAAUCAAAUCCAAUCGAAUGUUUUAGCGGCAUGUGCUAGCGAUCGAAGUAUCAUUUUAUACGAUUGUCGUGAUACAGGACCGGUACGAAAAGUUUUAAUGAAAUUACGUUCAAAUAAAAUAUGCUGGAAUCCAAUGGAAGCGUAUAAUUUUACCGUUGCAAAUGAAGAUUAUAAUUUAUAUACGUUUGAUACGAGAAGUUUAAAAGCACCGAUUAAUGUGCAUAUGGAUCAUAUUGCUGCAGUGACUGGUAUCGAUUAUUCACCAACUGGUAAAGAAUUUGUGACGGGAAGCUAUGAUAAAUCAAUUCGAAUUUACGAAACACAUAAGGGACAUUCAAGGGAAAUUUAUCAUACGAAACGUAUGCAACGGUUAACUUGUGUCUUAUGGUCAUUAGACAAUAAAUAUAUUUAUAGCGGAUCGGAUGAAAUGAAUAUAAGAAUUUGGAAGACGAAAGCAUCCGAAAAAUUAGGCGUGUUGAAACCUCGUGAAAGAGCUGCACAAAAUUAUAAUCAAGCAUUAAAAGAAAAAUAUGCAAGCCAUCCACAAAUCAAACGGAUUGCACGUCAUCGACAAGUACCACAACAUAUUUGGAAUGCACAAAAAGAAUUACGUGUUAUUAAAGAUAAACAAAAACGAAAGGAAAGUAAUCGACGACGACAUUCAAAACGUGGUACUGUACCUCAUGUCCCAGAACGACAGAAACAUGUUAUCAAUGAACAAGAAUGAACAUUAUAUUUUGUUUUUUUCAUUAAAGUAAGCAAUUUUUU